GUGAAUGGCCCCUUGCCGCACGACCCCAUGAAGUUUGUCUCAGGUGUGUCUGAGAUGCCGGCAACGCCUUCCUAUACCUGGGGCGUGCUACAGACGCCCACAGAAACGCCCAGCGGCUUCCGAGCCUUCGUGCAAGGUCCCGCCUACACGAUGCCCGCGGUUGCCACGCCCAGUGGUGCUGUGGUGCAAUCACGACAGACCUUGAGCCUUCAAGAUAUGAUCCAAAGCCCAAAGGUGGAAACCAAGAAUGCGUUGUUGAACAACAGCUACCAGCAGCUGUACCACGUCCAGUAUGGACCUCCUGUUUCUCAGGCCCCGAUGAUGGGCGCGCCCCUUCAUACGCUGCCACCGGGAGCUGCACCGGGCACACCGCCAAACUCCUACCCGCCGAACACCUAUCAGGCGCCAGAUCCGCCGCAAGGCUACAUUCCUAUGCAGGGCCCUCCCCCGGGGCAAAUCUACGCCGCGCCAGUCGCGCAGAUGCCUCAACAGCCUCCCAUGCCAGGGUGCCCUUCCGUGGCGCUGGGUUUAGUCCAUGGAGCGCAGAUGCCGCCAACGCAGCCCAUGCAGCCCAUGUCGACGCAGCCCAUGCAGCCUAUGUCGACGCAGCCCAUCCAGUCGCAGCCGAUCCAGUCGCACUACGGCCUGCCGCCCCACCUGGCGGCUCAGGCUCCCGCUCGUCCUGGCCCAGGCUUCAUGGCCCAUCCGGGGGCGCAUCAACUGCCGCCACCUCCGCCCACCUUUGCUGCGCCUGCAGUGGUCAUGUCACCCAAGGCGGUGGGGUCUGCACCCCACUCGGAGCCUUUCUGUGGGCCUUGGCCAGCUCGUUUGUCCCCUUCCCGCGUGGUUUCAAAAUCAAGGUCAGACAUCCGGACGUUGCUGGAAGUGGCGGUUUCUUCUGGAAACCAGGAGGCCAUCAACGCUGUCAUGCGGCAAGCGCAGAUGGCGGGCAUGUCGCCGGAGAAGUUUCGAUCUUUGCUGCCUGCGCCUUCCACGGCAGCGUGAUUAUUCAUUCAAGAUUAUUCG